AUGGAUGAGGGCUCAGACAAGGCCCCUCGCCGCAAGAGGGUGUCCCGAGCCUGCGAUCGCUGUCGCAGCAAGAAGGACAAAUGUGACGGUAUUCGUCCUACAUGUUCCGCCUGCCGAGCAUCCGGCCAAUCUUGUUCAUACGAUCCCCAUGCGAAGAAACGCGGAUUACCCGAGGGCUACGUCCGGGGUUUGGAGAAGCUGUGGGCGCUGUCGAUCUGCAACAUUGAGGGAUUCGAGGACACCAUGCUGGCCAUGCUAGGAAUCACCACCGAGUCUGCCGGCCGUCGCGAGAAAUUGAUGUCGGUGUGGUCGGAUGACAGUGCGUCGGAGAGCUUACACGAAUCCUGGAAGACGAGUCGGCUAUAUGGGGCGCUGGAGAAGAUGCUCUCCAACUCCGAUGCGCCGCAAGGAGUGGUGACGGGAAAGAGAUCGCGAAACCUGCAAGAUGAUCAGGAUGGUCAGUGGCUUCGAGUAGCUCGCAGCUCAACUCUAGGACCGGAUGCGCCGCGCGUGGUGGGGCCUACUCCUGCGUCCCCUGGGGUCAAACGAGCGCGAUUGGUUCAAAAUACGGAGACAUGGGGUGCUUCAACCAGUCUCCACACGUUGCAGCUACCCCAGCAUACUUCGCAGCUACUCGAUAUCUAUUUUGCCGUAACACAUUCAUGGCUCCCCAUUGUCGCUAAACACAACAUCCUUCGCGCUUCUUACGUCUAUGCCAACUCCCCUGUGUCUGUUGCAACAGCGUCCCCGGGAUCCGGUGAUCAUGCCGCACUGUGGGCAAUACUAAGUUAUACCAUCACUCAAUCUCGAACCAGUUCACGGGCCGGCCCCGCUGGAAAUGUUGCUCUGGUGAAAGAAUACUAUACUGUGUCGCGAAGCCUCAUUCCCGCGGAGAACGAGCGCUAUGAACUUGGCCAUAUCCAGGCAUUGUUGCUCCUGUCCUUGGUUAACAUGGGCCUGGAAGACUGGACUGCGGCUUGGCUGCUGAGCGGCCAUGCAGUGCGCAUGGCGCUUGCCAUGGGCCUGGGUACUUCCACCGAUAGCCGGCGGUCUGAUGAACUCAGACAGGGCAAGGCAGUGUUCUUGGGAUGCUUUGUGAUUGACUCAUUGCUUUCUUUCCGACUAUCUCGAAAUCCGGCCAUGCCGCCCGGUGAUCUGUCCUCUGUUGGUCUCUUGGAGGAAGAUGGGCUGGAGGAAUGGAACUCUUGGGUUGAUGUUCUACCACCCACAGGCGCUGCACAGGGCAGCAAGAGUCCUCCGCGUCGAGGACCACUCAUGGCUCUGAGUUGCUUCAAUCGCUUGGUUGAAUUGGCAAGUGUUCUCAACAACAUCUCUCGGAACAUGCACUCGGGGUUGAACAUGGCCACCUUUGCCCAGCAAUUAGUGAUGGAGCUAAAACGAUGGGAUGACCUCUUACCCCUUGGAUGUCGUCUUAUUGGGCCAGAAAGCAUUUAUCCAGAACGGCACUCGGCUCUGCUUCCCCACCAGAGCUACCUCGGGCUGACUUAUGUGGCCACUCUCCUUUGGCUGUAUCUGCAGCUGAUCCCAGGGGAGCAGGGUUUACACCGUUCUCAGCGGCCAGCCACAGAAGGAGCCAAGAAGCUUCUGUACCGCGGCUUGUCUAUGAUCACCCAACACCUUGAGAAUUUCCCCGUUUGUGGACUCCCACCGUUAUUUGAGUUGAGUCUUCGCACAAUCGCCAAGCAAGCAUCUACACUGCGGCAGACCGCCGAUUCAUCCGACACAUUCCCUUUCGCCAGAUGGGCGGAGGAGUUCAAACACAAAUUAGCAGGAUUCAGCUCCGCCUGGCCAGCCUACAGCUCUUUGGUGUCUGCCAUGGAAAGGUGGCAGCAAUCUAAAGACCUUACUGGUCCAUCCGCAUUCUCAGGUCAAGUGGGGAAUGCACCAAUGUUCCCAUUGCAAGGAAGUUCUUCUGUUCUAGGCUCUAUGCAAACUCCAAAUGGAGCUCGUGGCUUAGUCCCCAAUGGCGAAGGCCAUUACGCCUCUUCCAUUAUUGGCAUCAGCAUGCCAGUCGAUGCACAGUCCAUAACACCUAAAGAUACGGUGAUGGAGAACGCGGAUCUGGGCAUGAUGGACGUGUCCAUGCAACGGCCGAUGGAAGCCCAACAAGUCAUACCAGACCAAGGAAUUCCGCGCAGUGGCCCAGACUCCAUGUAUGCCCCGAAUAGCGCACAGUCACAGCCGCAACAAUCACAACAACCUCAAACGCCCGACUCGACAAGCUCUAACUCAAUGAUGCCCGGAAAUGCUGCAUCUAUAGGUAAUAUCGAUGCUAUCUUCAAGGAUCUCGCAUAUCUCGAUACUACGGAAUGGGCUACCAACCGCGAAGCUGGCUUGAAGGACUUUGGCUUCUUGGAUGAUAGCACCUUCCAGGCCUUUUGUCAUGAUCCAGAUCGGUUGGUUGGGUCACAACCCUUGGUUCAUCCGCCUUCCAUUGCAGAUAUUUGGCCGCCUCCUGGCUUCUUCCCAGAGACCUUCCAGGAGGCCCCCGAGGAAUCUAUGGCUGGCUGA